AUGGCGGAAGUACAACCAUGUGAUACUUUAUCCGUUUGUCUUGACUGGAGUCAGUGGAAUUCCCACAACGCAAUUAAGGCAUCGAAGCCUAUAGGCAUUGUGAAUAAGCAUCAGUCAUACAAUCUUUUCUGCUUGAAAUCGUCUUAUGGUGGCAGAUUUGCAAAAUGUAACCCUAAUCAAGGGUCUGCAUUGCCUUCCCUUAGGCCCGGUUUGUCAAUGCGCACCAGUUUCGUCUGGUGGUAUGGCAAAUGUCGAGGAGUCUGCCCAGAUGAAUUGCGUCAAACUCGCGAAAGUCCUGACACUGGCCUCUCGGCGGAAGGCCGUUCAGUUGCCGACUCGACUCAAAAUCUGUACCGGUUUUGCCUAAUCCCGGUGCCUCUUUUUUCUAUGCUGGCCUGUCCUAAGGCCUGGAUGUUCGUUCGUUUGUUCGUUCGUUCGUCGACUCGUCUUCUAGUCCCUUCCUCCGUCCAGCCCUUCGCCCACUCGUCUGCUCGUCUGCUCGUCUGCCUGGCACUGCCUUCGAGGCGGCACAACUACGGCACAGAAACACUCGCAAAGGCAAUCGUGCACACACACCCAUGA